AUGUCCAAACGUUCAAACUGUGAAUUUCGUCAUGAUUCAAGAACUGAGUACGACGAGGAUUCAUCACACGAUCAUUUAGAAGAACAUCCUAAUGAUGAGAAUUUUGAAAUCUCUCGUGAAAAGAAGAAGAGAUUGAUUCAUCAUUCAGAACCACAGGAUUCAAUCAUCACUCCGAUCGAUCAAAAUGUAGUUACUUCCUGGGAUGAUGCCAUCGGACAAUUAUUUGUUCAAUUGCCUUGCGAAAUUAUGUUCAAUAUUUAUAAAUUUUUAUCAGUGCAAGAUCGUGCUGUGAAAGGCUUGCUCUAUAUUUCGAAAAAUAUUACACUCCAAAUGUUGAAUAUAAAUUCUAUUAUGAGUGAAGACGAUUUAGAUAGCGAUGAAACUCUACGUGAUGAAAGAAUUUCAUGUGAUUCUUGUGAAUAUUAUCGAUUAAUGGUGUUUUUACAUCAUAGAAAAGUCAUUGAAGAUAUUACAGAUUAUGCCACGAAUAGAAUCAUUUAUUUAAAGUGUUACGAAAAUUUCAAUACGACAUAUAACAAUGUGACCAACGAAUGGCAUCGAUUGAAGUACAGUGAAAAGGUUCGAGAGUUAGGGAAAGAAAAGAGCAUGUUUCGUUAUUUGAUUCAGAACGAGCCAGGACUGUACAGCUCUUCCCAAAUUAGAUUCAAGUUGAUAAAGGCCAUUCGUACCAUGAACAACCUAUUUCCAGGAUGGCUUACCACGUAUUUACAAUGUGAUGUGAAGGAUGAUCAAAAAUUAGAUGAGAUCAUGCAAUCGAAUAUCAAUUUAAGAAAUUUACGAAACGUUCUUGCGUGUAGUCGGAGAGUGGCAAUUCCAGUGGUUUCACUUGAUUCCUCACUCGACGAAGACGUGCGCCUAGAAAAAACAAAACGUGAGGUAAUAGAAAUACUCUUCGAGAAACAAAUAAGAAAAAGAGCAAAAAAACAAAGAAAUUGGAAACAUGUAUUGACUCUUUUCUUAAAAACUCGAACAGUUAAAACACAAAUCAAAGAAAAGUUACGCACUCUGGCCAAGAAAGUGUUGAACGCUGAACUGUUCACUGGUGUGAAAGGAAGAGGAGCUGUACAUUGGGAUAGAUCGUUAACAAAGCACAACAUUGAUUUAAAUUCGAAAGAGAUUGUCGAAAAACAAUUUAACUUUCCAAAGGACUUCAAAGAAACAGUUGAGAAAGUUAUGCAAUUAUUGAACACACUAGACAGCAAAUCGAGACAUUUCUUUAUGUUUCGACGAGAUUAUGCCAUUGGAAAAAAUAGACAUGCUAGCCAAUGUUAUCGAUAUUUACAACAAAAUGCUGGACGUAACCAUACUGUAAAAUCAGUAUCGAAUGGUUUUGUAUCUCUUUAUCCAAGGUUAAUUUAUCUUGUCAAGACCAUAUUUGCGAACUCGGAAUAUCAAUCACCCUUCUACAAACAAAUAUCCAUGACCACCACACGUAGCAAUGGUCGACAUUUCAGAUCAUGCAUGAACUCAUCUUUGGAACAACAAACGUUUUCUGAAGUUUGGAAUAUGGACAUCAUACACCCCAACUCGAUGAUGGACUUUCUGAAUGACUUGACUGAAUUUUUUGUGAACCAUUGGAAGGAAUUUUGUUCUGAAAUAUAUUCCAGUGGAGUGCUAACACAAGUCAUAGAUACAGAUCGAUUUGUGGUGGAUUUUUUCGUGGAUGGUUCCUUCACAUGUUUCAGAAACAUCUUUCUCAUUCAUCAAUGCUCAUGGGAGGAACAUUUAAAAAUUUUCCAGAAAUUAAUUCUCUCAAAAUAUCAUUCAGAAUUUGACAAAUAUGGAAAGGUACUUGUAGAGAUUAUUGAAAAUGAAAACGACAAUAACACUACGAGAGAGCUAAUUCAAACUCUAAAAACAAUACCAUCACCAAGAAGGAAAUAUACUAGUGGAAAAUUACGAAUUUUUGACAAGUAUUAUCAUGUCAAAGAAGAUUCAAGCGAAGAUUACUUUCCUCCGAUAUUUCAUCGUCGUGGACGUGGUCGUGGAAGAGGUGGAUAUUACUAG